GAUGCAGAAAUUCCAAGUGGAUGUGACCUUGGAUAUUGACACAGCCAACAAGUUCCUCCUCAUUUCUGAUGAUCUCAGGAGUGUCCGCUGUGUGUGCAUCACACAGAGUCGACAGGACCUUGCUGAGAGAUUGCAGUUGCCACUUUGUGUCCUGGGUACCCCUCACUUCACUUCUGGCUGCCAUUACUGGCAGGUGGAUGUGGGAAUGAGCACACAAUGGGACCUGGGAGUUUGUAAAGAAUCUGUUCAACUGGAAAGGAAAGAUCCAACUGACUACAGAUCUUGGAUUCCGGACUGUGAGUCUGAAGGCUGGAGGCUACUCAUUUGCCAACACAAUGCCUCAGACUGCCCUCUGCUCAGAUACCAAGAUUGAUUACAUAGGAUUCAUACUUCUCCAUUCCUGUGAUGCUUCACUAAGAAUGAUGUGUUCCACCUCCAUCCAGGUUAGUACAAAUGCUGCAAAAUCUCCACUUUUUAUGGCUGAAUAAUAUUCCAUGGUAUACAUAUUCCUUACCGAUCCAUUCCUGGGUUGAAGGAUACUUAGGUUGUUUCCACAUUUUGGCAAUUGUAAAUUGGGCUGCGAUAAACAGC